AUGGAAAGUAAUUCUGAAGUGAAAGAUCAAGAAAAGUUAACUCCCUUUGAUUUGGUGGCUUUUAGUUCUUUAGGUGGCUUUUUCUUCGAGGAUGAUUUACUCCAGAAAACCACCCCUGAAGACGAAUCAUCAAAUAAAACGGAAAUUGAGUUAGUGGUGACGACUUUUCUUGAAAGUCUGUUCUAUUAUGGGUUCUAUAUAUCUGAAGAAAUUUAUAAGGCUUUAAUUGCAAUCAAUGAUAAAGAUAAAAUAGGCUUGGUUUGUAUGAAAUUUUUGAAGGUAUUAUGCGAUGAUAUUGGAGAAAGUACUGCAAAUGGUUUAGUAAUGUAUCCAAAUUUUCCUCAACAAGUAAUGGAAGCAUCCGAUUUUGAUUUAUUUUUAAAUGCUAUAAUUAACUACUGGUCGAAUGGAACUCUUUUACCUGAGUAUAUCAAACAAAAGAGACUCCCUCUUGAUGAAGUACAUGAAAAAGUGAAAAUUAAAAAUGUUGUAAAGACUGAUGAUUUGAAGGCUUAUUUCUUAAAAUUAUUGGCAUCUAAAUCAAGCUUAACUGCGGAGAAUGAUAAAUUUGUGGAUUUUGCUUUAGAGAAAGGAUGGUACAAUGAAAUCCCUCUGGAGUUUGAAAUUCCGUUCAAGCAAUUGGCAUGUAAGGUGGCAUAUUUCGUCAUGCGUAGAAACUUGUCCAUCGACAAAUACAUUAAAACCACGACUGACAUAUUAAGAUUAAUGGCAUAUGCCUCUGGUGGUGAUGUUACAUUGGAGAAGAAAAUAAAAUUUAAGUCGUUCCCAAGACGUGAAAGAAGAAUUUUGAUCCAAGCAUUAGACAAUGUAAUAAAAAGUGACGAUGUUAAGUUUUAUGUGGAAUUAUGGAAAUUGGCAUUUCACUCAUUGCAUGUUGGUGAAUAUAAACAUACUAAAAUUCCUGAAAUAGCUCAUAAGUACAGAAAUGAAAAUAAUGUUACUACGUAUGAUACUCAGUAUUGUGAAGCAAUCAAGAAGCAGGAUUCAUUAAAGGCAGCUGACGUUUUGAAAGUCAAGCCCUCCAUAUUUGCUCGUAAUCUUGAUAAAGUAAUCAGAGAUUGUAUUUCCGUUAAUCAGUAUGAUAAUAUUGCUAAAGUUAUGGAACAAUUUGAUGAAUGUAGUUUAAAAAUUGGAACCAAAGUACUUUUGCAGUUAUUGAGUCACUUCCAAAGACGAAAGUUUUUAUUGUUGAAUGAAGAUAAGAGAGCGAAUUCAAAUAGGUUGGUGCAGAUAAGCGGUAAAUUAUAUUCAGUGAUUGUUCCAAAUAAUGAAGUAGUAAUACCUGAAAAAGUAUUGAAUAAGUUAAUUGAAAUAAUUGAAAACAGUUUGGUUAAUCAAUUCAAAGAAAGACAUUUGUUAAAGGGUCAGAAGGUGUUUAUCUCGAACAAAGUGGACAGUAUUUUAUUACCUUUGCAAUUGUCAUCUGCAUCCACCAAAAAGACACUUGCUAAGGGUUCGAAAAUAUCCAUGCUUCGUGAAUUUGAAGAAGAUAAAGAAAAGAAAAACGUACUUCGAUUCUUUGUACAUUGGAUUGGAAAUGAUAUUGAUCUCAGUGCCUUGAUAUUAGAUGAAGACUUUAAUAAAGGUGUCACAAUUGGCUUCACUUUGCUUAGAGAUGGUUCUUACGCUUGGCAUUCGGGUGAUAUAGUCUUUGCACCAGGUCCAGAAGGAGCCAGUGAAUACAUUGAUAUAGAUAUUGAAGCUGCCAUCAAUAAUGGUAAGAGAUAUGUUGCUUUAGAUGUAAGAGAUUUCACUCGUAAAAAGUUUUCAAAUUAUGAUGUCUGUUUCGGUGGGGUUAUGAUAAGAGAAAGUUUACAAUCUGGGGAGAUAUAUGAGCCAAGUACUGUGAAAUACAAAUUCGAUUUGACAAGUGAAACUAUAAGCACUGUUAUGUUUUUGUUUGAUUUGAAAUUAAAAGAAAUGAUCUGGAUAGAUUCAUCAUUACACGUUGCUGGGAAGGCAAAUAGUCUUCAAGGUCAUAGUAAUUCAGUUCGAACAGUUUUACAGGAAAUAAAAAUGAUGCAUGAGUAUAAAGUCAGCAUAGGACAACUUGUUAGACUUCAUGCUAAAGCAAGUGAUAGUGAAAUAGUAGACGAUAAGUCCAAAGCAGAUUUCACAGUGUCUACAGAUGAUGAGGCAGGCCUUAAUGUCUAUGAUGUUGCUGAAAUAAAUUCAAACUGGAUUUGA